GUUAGUUGUGAAAAAUGGUCAUACUUUUUCUUCUUCUUCCCCGCCGUCGCAUGGCCGGGAAACUCAGGGGCCAUGUCCAAAAACAAUUUAAAAUAUCACAUGCUGAAAGAAAUGGAGCACAGUUUCCACCUUACGGAGGCCCGCGAACUGGCCUCCGGUCGUAAAAAGCCGGGAAAAUUUGGUCGUCCACUUCCGGCGGCUUCAAAGCCUCGUCCAGGCAUGGUUCCGAUUCCAAAGAGGAACACAGAUCUUCAGGUGAUCGUUCCGAAGGAUGGUGCCAAGCAGCAGAACCAGCCUGUUAAUAAAAAGAGGAAAAAACCAAAAAAGUCCCAGGGGGCUCCGGCCCAAGUAGCUGUUGAAAUCAACAAGUCCAAGACGAAGGCGCAAUCGCCCGGGAUACUCCCCAAGGGUCCCACAAAACAGGAGAAGGAAUCAAAUCCCUCCAAAAAAAGGCCACUGGACACAUCUAAAAAUGACUCUGGUGGGCCAAAGAAAAAACAGAAAAAGAAUGCGGAUUCAAAGCCAAAACUUCCAAUUGUUGGGCCGACGAAAGGUGCUGGUCCAUUAAAGAAAAAAAAUGCUGAAAAAAGGAUCAAUGGAAAAGGCGCAGUCCCUGACCCGGUUCGAGGAAAUCCUGCGAAGGUUGUGUCUAUAUCUUUGGCAGACAAAGGAUUCUAUGAAUCUGAUGCAGACAGUCAGGACCAAGAGGCUGUGAAGGGGAACUGGCGCCUAGAAGACUCAAUCCACGAUGACUUUGGUGAUGGAGUGAGUGAUUUAUUUAGAGCCCCGAGAAUUUUUAAAGCACCCAAGAGUAAUAAGGGGUUAGAUAUUAGCUUGCCGGCACCCUUCAACGAUUUUGAAGUGGCCAACGCCCACCAACUGGAACCUAAUUCUAAAGGAGUUGUGAGAAAGAUUACUGUUUUCGAGGGGACUCCACAUGCCAACAGUUGUAGUGAAGAAUCGGAUGGAGAAAAUUGUUCGGAAGAGGAAAAGAAGAUUUCUCUUUUCGAGGGGACCCCAUUUGCUAAUGGUUGUGGAGAAGAAUCGGAGGACGAAGAUUGGUCACCGGAAGAUGGAAGCAGUUGUAGCGAUGAGAUUGACAGUGAAGACUUUGACACUGAAGAGUCUUAUAGCGAAGAGUCUUUCGACAGCGAAACCUUUGACUUUUCUUUGUAUAACAGCGAUCUUGACUCUACGUUCGAGCCAGACUCUUCGAACGAAGGCUCUGACAGUGACGACAGCUACAGCAUGGAGUUCCUUGACGGCGAAAACUCUGACGACUCCACUGACUCUUUACCACCCCAUCUUAAACCAGAGCCUCUGAUUAUAGAGGAAAUUUUUGAUGAUGAAGUGUCUGAAAAAAACACAAAAAGUAAAGAGCUUCAGAACAGUUCUCAUUCAUCUAUGAAAGUUGUCGAGGAUUCACUUCAAAUGGCACUGGUUUUAAAGCAACAUGAUGACAAGUCAAAAAGCAAAAGAGAGGAGCCGAAAGAUUCUGUAGAGGACCCGCCAAAAAGCAAUGGAAAAGAGUCGGAAGAUCCAGUAGAAUCAGAAGAUGAUCAUGAUGAACCUGAAGCUGAUAACCAUUCUCAGUUUGCCUCUCAGGAUGUUCCGUUUUAUAGAAACCCUGAAGCCAGCCUUUCUGAGCUCAGCGUAUUUGAAAAUAGCCUGAAGAGCAACCACGUUUUGGCGGUGAUUAAGGAAAGCUUGGAGUUCUAUGGCACAGUGAUACUCACCCUGUUAAGUGGCCAAGUCACGAUCAAUGGAUACAGACCGCGUUACCAGGAGUCCCUGACCAUUUACUCUCCAAAGGGCGUCAACUGGGUGUGCGUGUCACCGAAAAAAUCAAAAAGACCGGGCAAGGACAAAGUCGACUGGGAUGGGCUCAAUAAGAACUUUACUCGCGCCCAGUUGGAAAGAAUCCAGGCCAACUUUGAAAGUCAAACAGAUGCUAUUGUUCUCCUGCAAAGGAAUACCGCCUCCCAAAGACUAGUUGAAGGCUUCGAAAAGCACAUGGCCCAAAAUGUGUUUCCACAAGUCAACACAUCCAAUCGCCCGCUCCACAUCACCGAGUCCUUGCUGCACUGCCUCGUCCAGACCUCGGAUGGUCAGCGCACCGUGCAGGUUCCUCAAGUGUGGAAUAAAUUGAGACUGCAAGCUGAUAGUCGCAUGAUGUUCGUGGGAGGAAAGGGUGUUGGAAAGUCCAGCCUGCUGCGAUACCUGGUCAACAGGAGUCUGGAUCAGUUCCCGAAGCUACUGCUUAUCGAUUUAGAUAUAGGCCAACCAGAACUGUUUGUGUCACAAACAGUAUCUUGUACCCUUCUUGAGGAGCCACUUCUUGGACCAGGAUUUUUCCUAAACAAGCAGCCAGAGCGCGCCUAUGUCGUCGGCCACGUUAACAUCGUCAUGUGUGCGGAACAGUACGCGAGAGCAGUUACUCAAUUGGCCCUGCACGUCCAGAGAGAGCCCAAGUAUAACAACCUGCCCUGGCUGAUCAACACAAUGGGUUACAACAAGGGAUUCGGCACAGAGCUGGUGGCCCUUUUGGUGGACCGUUUUCGUCCCACUGAUCUGGUGCAGAUUGAAAGUUCGAUGGCCAUCAACAACUUUGAUUCCCCUCUGGAGUGGAGCACGCUGAAGCAGAGCACACCCAUCGUCUACACAUCGGAUGAGUUCGUAGUCAAGGAGAUCCCAAAGUAUACCCUGCACAAGUUGGCGAGUGCAGUUCCCCCCAAGGAUAGAGGGGCAUGGGGCAUGAGCGCCAAGGACCUUCGAUAUUCCAAUCUGUUGGCCCGCCUCAGCUCGUGCUUGAGGGGAAAUGCCAAAACCCUAACAGAUUCGACACCAGUUGCUGUUUCUCUGGAGCUUCUUAAAAUUCAACACCUGACCAGUGAGGACUACACACGGGAGGAGCUGAUCCAGGGAAUGGACGCCAAUGUGGUUUACCUUUGCCGCCAAGACGAAGGCCCUCCAGAGUGCCUGGGAAUAGGAGUGGUCCGUGCCAUUGAUUAUGAACAUGGAAAGUUGUAUCUAGUGCCCGCGAUGCCUCUGGUGCGGCUGACCCUCGUGAAUUGCUUGAUCCUCGGCGGUGAAUUGACCUUGCCUCAGGGAUAUUUUAAGAACCAGGGCACUGACGUGUCCAGCAGUGUCCCCUUUGUCUUCAACCUAGAAGACUCCAAGUCUUCCAAGAGUAUACAGCAGAUCUACCAUCGCACACCUGCGUUUCUGGGGGUGCCCGGAAACCAGAAAAGGCGCAACUAAAAAGACAGACACCUCGUGCUAAUAGUAACUUGUUAAGUUUAAAUAAAAACAAAUUUAUUAUCGAA